CUUCCGGGAGCUCCGUCUCCUUUCAGACGAGGUCUUCAUGAUCUCUGCCGUUCGCUUCGCGGUCAGCGCCUGAAGGAAAGCUGAGAAACGAGCGUCUGGACGCUGCACUUAUUGCGCGUCAGCGCCGCUCGACACAGGUUCGUCGUGUAUUGAAGCGGAAACAAACACACGGUUUAAGCAGUUAUAUAGAUACGCGUGCAGCCAAAGAAACGCCUAAGAAGUGGGUGUCCUGAAAGAGCAAGCAGGGAGCAAUGAGAGAGAAGUCUAUUAUUGGAUGUAUGGAGUCGGUGGAUUACAGUAAUCCAGAGCACCCUGACCGCCGGCGCUCACAGAGCACUAGACCUGAUCAUCAAGAUGGACGAGAAGAUGCUCGGCGUGUUUCUGCUGCUGCUGACUCAAGUUUUCAUUGGUGUAAACACACAGGGGGAGUUAGAGAUGCCGUGGCCUUAUGAAGAUGAGGAUGAGGUGAGUGUGAAGCAAGUGGCGGAGAAUCAAACGCCGACGGGCUGUAACUGCGAGUGUCAGGAACCGAGACCCACCGGGACUCCAGCCACCUGGACCUCCUCCAGCGCCACGCCAUCCACCCGCAGCCCUUACCUGGACUGCAUGCCGGAGUGUCCGUACCACAAGCCGAUGGGGUUCGAGUCCGGGUCGGUGAUGGCGGAGCAGCUUACCUGUUCAAGCCAGGAUCAGUAUGUGGGGUGGUUCUCCUCAUGGACCCCAAAUAAAGCCCGACUGAACAGCCAGGGGUUCGGCUGCGCCUGGCUGUCCAAGUUCCAGGACACGAGUCAGUGGCUUCAGAUCGACCUCCAGGAGGUGCGGGUGGUCUCGGGUAUCAUGACCCAGGGCCGCUGCGACGCCGACGAGUGGACCACGAAAUACAGCCUGCAGUACCGGACCCAAGACCACCUCAACUGGAUCUAUUACAAAGACCAGACCGGAAACAACAGGGUGUUUUAUGGGAACACGGACCGCUCCUCCACGGUCCAGAACCUGCUGCGUCCUCCCAUCGUGGCCAGGUUCCUGCGGAUCCUUCCUCUGGGCUGGCACACGCGCAUCGCCCUGCGCCUGGAGCUGCUCAUGUGCAUGAACAAGUGCGUCGCGGCUUGAGAGCGGCUUCAGCCACCUCCGCGCUAGAAUAAAGUCAGUAGGUAGGUGAUACCCGAUCUGUAGCUAAUAAACCGUUUGUGGUCGGGAACGAGACGACUGCUUUAUUAUCAGUGACUUGCUGAUCUUCGAAAACGUUUAACGCAAGGAGGACUGGUCCUUUGGCUU